UAUAAGCAACAACUUUGCAUCACUUACAUCAGCAAAAUAAUAACAAUUGACAUUACAAUGUAUUAAAAGAAUAAAUAUUGUAAUGUGAUCACACAUUAUUGACCAUGGCUAGUCAUAAUUUCUCAUUGAGACCUUUAGUGUCUGGUACGAGGAUUCUAUUUGGGCUCCUACCAGGAUUGGGAUCCAUAUUAAUGUUACGCAUGGUUAUUCAUCUCUACAGGCCAGACAUAGAAGAUGCUGAACAUCGAGUAAAAGAUGUACCAGUUGAUGAGCUGUAUAACUGCUAUGAUUUUAUUAUAAUCGGAGGUGGUAGCGCCGGAUCAGUUAUCGCAAGUCGACUUUCUGAGAAUCCAGAUUGGAAUAUACUUUUAUUAGAAGCAGGACCAGAUGAAAACGUCCUUUCAGAAGUACCGGUAUUAUUUCCAGCUUUACAAACAUCGUCUUUAGAUUGGCAGUUUGUGACAGAACCGAGUAGUGAUUAUUGUUUAAGUAUGGUGGGAAAUAGAUGUAAGUGGCCACGUGGUAAAGUUCUAGGUGGAUCGAGCACUUUAAACGCAAUGCUAUAUAUAAGAGGAAAUAGAAAAGAUUACGAUAACUGGGCAAUGUUAGGCAAUGAAGGUUGGGCAUACAACGACGUUUUAAAAUACUUUCUCAAAGCGGAAGACAUGAGAAUCCCCGAAUACCAAAACGAUCCAUAUCAUUCUACUGGAGGUCCUAUAUCUAUUGAAAAUUUCAGAUAUGAACAACCGAUUACAAAAAAAAUUUUAGAAGCUGGCGAACAGUUUGGCUACAGAAUAGUAGAUGUAAAUGGUGAAUUUCAAACUGGAUUUACAAAAUCUCAUGCAACUUUACGUGAUGGCCUUCGAUGCAGUACCGCUAAAGGAUAUCUCAGACCGGCAGCAAAACGAGGCAAUCUUCACAUCAGUCUUCACUCUUUGGUAGAAAAAAUAUUGAUAGAUGAUCAUAAAAAUACAUACGGUGUCAAAUUUACCAAAAAUGGAAUAUCAAACGUUAUAAAAGUUAAUAAAGAAGUUAUAUUAUCAGCUGGAACAAUUCAAUCGCCACAAAUUUUAAUGUUAUCGGGGAUCGGAGACAGUGCGGAAUUGAAAAGUCUUGGUAUAGAUCCCAUAGCUCAUUUACCCGGCGUCGGAAAGAAUCUUCAAGACCACAUUGCUAUGGGCGGGCAUUCCUUUCUGUUUGAUAAUCCCUAUACAAAUGGAUCCGACUACUGCUUUAAUUACCACACAGUGUCUUCUAUUGGUAGUUUAAUUGAUUUUGCAAUUAAUCGAAAUGGUCCUUUAUAUAGUAUGAUGGAAGCUGAAGCGAUGGCUUUUGUUAACACAAAAUACCAAAACCCAGUAGAAGAUUAUCCAGAUAUCCAGCUUUUUAUUGCACCUUCUGCAGAUAAUAUGGAUGGUGGCUUGUUUGGGAAACGUGCGAAUGGACUUACUGAUGCAACGUAUGCGGAUUUGUAUGAGGAUAUUUUGUAUAAGUCUUCGUUUUCUAUAGUACCUUUAUUGCUUAGACCUAAGAGUCGUGGAUAUAUUAAGCUAAGUAAUUCUGAUCCUAAUACAGCACCAUUAAUUUACCCGAACUACUAUUCAGAUCAAGAAGAUAUGGCUAGACUGAUUGAAGGCGCUAGAAUUGCUCAAAUGUUGGUAGAACAGCCCGCAUUAAAAGAAGUUAAUGCUCGACCAAAUCCGAAUCGCAAUCCGGGUUGCAAAAAACACUCUUUAAUGUCUGACGAGCAUUUGGAGUGUCAAGCGCGUCAUCAUUCCUUGACAAUUUAUCAUCCAGUAGGUACCUGUGCUAUGGGCCCUGCGAAGAAUACCGAAGCAGUAGUAGACACAAAAUUAAAAGUUCACGGAAUCACCAAUCUUCGAGUUAUCGAUGGUAGUGUAAUGCCAACAAUUGUUAGCGGUAAUACUAAUGCUCCAAUAAUCAUGAUAGCCGAAAAGGCAUCAGACAUAAUUAAAAAAGAUUGGUCUGACUCAAGAAUUGUUAGAUUUAAGUAUGAUACAGUACCUAAUUUGAAAUAUCAAGAUAAAAACAAUAUAGUAAAAAUCGAACCAAGACAUGUGGAAAAUAGUAAAUCAACACCAAAUAUAUUUAAUGAAAUAUCUAGUCUUUUCCCGUAUUUAUCACAAGACAUCCUAAAACAAUACGAAAAAUCAAUUACCAACCAAUCAGGUAAACAAAAUGUUACUGACAUUUCCAUAAAAUCAACGAAAGCAUCUAGAGGCGGUUUUGAAAAAAAUAACAUUUCUAACUUCUUACCUAAUUCAUAUUAUAGUAAAGAAAUAAAAGAAAAUAAGCAGGCAAAAGGUGAUCGACCCCGAUUUACGUCAAAUGCCGUAAACAAUAAGGUUUCGCCUAAACUAUUGAGGCCGUAUCCGUACAAUGGAGAUGAAUAUUGUAAGACGAUGACAGAGUCGAUAUUGAGUACGAAUUCCCGAAAUAUCGACUAUUUUAAAGGAUAUAGUCCCAUACUUUCUGACCAAAGUAAGAAUUAUAAACAAAACAUAAUGUAUUAUAAUAAUAUAAACGAUAAUUUCGAUACCAGAAAAGAUAAUAAAUUUAUAUCGAACACGGAAUCAAUAUCAAACGAACCUAAAAAAAGCAAUAUUUGGUUAUAUUAUAAUGGAUUAAAAUAUGAAAUACAAUUAUAA